AUGUCAGACCUAUUUAAUGAUGAUUAUAAUGGAGAUGAUUUUUUGAAUUCUAUCUUCGAUGAAUCACAAGGACAAGGAUCCAAUGAUCCUCCACCACCUGUACAACAGCCGGUUUCUCAACCUCCACCACCACAACCUCAGCCUCAAUCUCAACCACAACAAGUAAAUAAAGGAUUUCCAGAUAAUAAUUAUAUGAGACAGAAUUAUCAAUCAUUGGAUGCCAAUAAACAGGAACAAUUGAUGAAGAUGAGACAACAAAUCAUGCAACAACAGGUGCAGAAAGGUAAGAUGCCUCAGCAAAGAAAUCAAAUGAAUAUGAGUGUUAAUAUGAAUAAUGUCAGUCAACCAAACAGUCAACUGGGAAGUAGAGUUCCAAGUGGGUCGUUUAGUCCUAACUAUCCUGUGAAUUCACCAGGUAUUCAACAAUCACCCGUUCAACAUUCUCCACAAUCGUUUCAACAAUCACCUCCUCAAAGUUUCCCUCAACAUCAAGCUCAACAAGCAGCUCAAGCCCAAGCCCAAGCUCAAGCAGCCAGAAAUCAAUCUCAACAGAUACCACAACAAGCUCAACAGGGACAACAGGGCCAACAAGGACAACCGGGAAAAUCAGCAAAACCAACUAAUGCUCAAAUAGCUCAAUUCCAAUUAGAAGUGUUUAACAGAUCUUACCAUGACUUUAUGAAAAACCGUAAUACUCCAGUAGAGUCUGAACCUGUUAUCAACAAUAAAAAAAUUAAUUUAUUCUUAUUUUACUUGUUAAGUCAAAAGGCUGGUGGUCAACAAACAUUGAUCAAUGCCAUUCAACAUCCUAAUCCCAACCAAGUAUCCCCUUGGUCUGUUUUAGCAAGUAGAUUCGGUUUACUCGAAGGGGUUCAAGAUUCCAAUGUCAAGUCACAAAUUGAAAAGGAUUUGGGAAGAUGUUAUAUUCAAUACAUUUUCCCUUACGAAAAUUAUAAUCUUACUCCCGAAGGACAAAAAGAGAUUCAACAAAGAAAAAUGAUGAUUCAAAAACAAUUCUUGAGUAAUUUACAAAGACAACAAGGACCUCAACCUCCUAAUCAUCAAUCUCCUAUAGGUUCCAAUCAUGAUUCUCCUAUGGGUAAUUCUCCAAUGAUUCAACAAACUCAACCUGUACAAUAUAAUUCACCUCAAAUGAGAAGUACACCUCAUCCAAAUGAACCACCACGUAAAAUGAGUAGAAACAGUAAUUCUGCUUCCGGAUCUCCAAAUAUCGUUCAAUCUCCGUUUACUCAAGGUAAACCUUCAAGAUCAAGUAGUAUAUUACAAAAACAAAGAUCUCAAUCACCAGUUAUUGAAGGAGAACCAACAUACAUCAAAAACAAAAUAGCACAAAAGAGAAAUGUUGAAAGUUAUGGAGGUGUUGAUAUCAAAACUGUUAAUCAAGUGGGUACCGAAUUAGAUGUAGCCAGACCUAUCUAUUUAUUUGCUCCUGAAUUAGGAACUGUUGAUAUUCAGAGUUUGACGAUGUCUUUAAAGAGCAAUAUUGUCCCAAAUAAUGGUGAGAUAAUGAGUGCUUUGAAUACUUUAUUAGUAACCACCUCUGAACAAGGAACAAUAAUUGAUCUUAAUUAUUGUAUUGAAUUAUUAGAAAGUUUAUCUGAUACUGGGUUGAAAGUGUUAGAUAAAAUCAUUUAUAAUGUCAAAUGGGAUAAAGAAAAAGCUGGUGAAACUAUCAAUUAUGAUAAUUUGAAUUCUAAUUCAUCUAUUGAUGAAGUAUUCAACAAAUAUGUUAAUCCAGAAGAAAUGAGGGAUGAAGAUUUAAUGUUUAAUGUUGAUUCUGUCACUGGGAAAGUUAUUGAUGAAGAAGAUGAUUUAGAUGAUAUCUUCUCUCCAUUACUUGAAGUUGAUAAAAAACUCGAUAGUGAAGAUGAAGAUGAUGAAGAAGUUGAUGAAGAAGUACCUAAAUUUGAAUAUUCUGAUUAUGGGAAGAUUUUAAUGGAUUUCAAACUCGAAAAUAAAGAUCAUUUCAGUAAAUUACAAACCAAAAGUGCAGUUGAUGAAGAUCUUUUAUUGGUGGAUGAAUUAAUUACCAUCACCAUGAUCUUAAGAAACAUCUCUUUCCAUCCUGAGAAUAAGUCAAAGAUGAGUAGUAAUGAUAUCUUCAAAGAUUUAUUGUUCGGAGUCAUAAAGAUGGUUGGUAUUUAUCCUGAAAAGUUCUUAUUCAAUAGGAAAAGAUUAUGUUUGGCAAAAGAUUGUUUGUUUUUGUUAUAUAAUAUUUCUCAAGAUAUUGAAUUAAGAUCUUUGGAAGAAGCAUUCCUAUCAUUGACUUUGAUUUCAUCUUUUGGACCAAAUUUAUUUGAUUGUAAAUCAAUUCCGAUUGCUAAUGUUGAUAAAUAUUCUUAUUUACCCUAUGGUAUUGAUGCAUUAACUAAAUUAUUAGUAAGGGAACCUCACAAUAGAUCCUUCAUGAAAGCUAUUUUAACUGGAGAUUUCAAUAUUCAUACACCAAAUUCAAAUGUUAAAAUUGAAGAAAGUGAUAAAACAAUCACCAAGAAUCUUAUUGGUAAAUACCUUAAAUCUCAAGAUAUCACCAAUGGUGAAUUAUUAACGAGAACUUUCAAUUUAUUCCUUUGUAUUGUUCCAUUCAAUACCAAUAGUUUCGAAUUCUCCAAGGCUAUUAAUAUCAGAAUAUCAACAUUCACUCAAACAUUCUUUGGAGCUAAAAUCUUAAUUGAUUUGAUAAGUGAAGAAGAUUCUAAAUUUAGAAAUUUAUCCACGGAUUGGAUAUUAGAUAAUAGAAGAGAGAUUUUAAUCAACCUAGUUAAAGUUAUUAUAUCACUUUAUCCAGAAUCAGUAAAGAAUAAAUUGAUUGCUCUCGUGAUAUUGAAAUGUUUCAUUAUGAUUAAUUCCCUAUUAAAUAACACUGUAUUAUUAUUACAAGAAGACCCAUCAUCUGAUACCAAAGAAAAGAUAAAACAAGUUUUAUCUAUAAGUAAUCUUUAUCCUGAUAGGGAAAUUACUUUGGAGAAUUUGAUUAAUCCUGUAAAUGAUAAAAACUUAUCAAAUGAAUUGAUCAGAUUUUGGGGCUUACUUAAACAAAUCGAGUCUUAUGUAUAG